AUGGAGGUGGAUCGACGCAUUCCGUCGGAAUUUGUAUAUUCUUCUCCUGGCGUGAGUGCGGGGCCCGCUGACCUCGAGCCUCACGCGAGCCCGUACCUCUCGUCUGCAGCUCCGGCGCCCCCUCGACUGCCCACGGACCGAUUUGCCUUCCCGCCCUCCAUGGAGAUGAGCUCUUUGCCAGUCUUUCCGCUGUCGCAGUCGGGUCCUUGGGCUGAGAAGCGCGUCUUCGUGACGGGGCCUCCCUCGGAGAACUACCAGCACUACGGCCGCGCGUCGCCUCGGGGGUGGACGGACAUGGCCAAAGACUGGGUGAGCAGCUUCGUCGGGCCGCAGCAAGAAACGCCUUCCAUGGUACAGCGCCCCCAGUACGAAAAACAAGAUCCCAGAAUGUUCCCUGGGCAGCUGGACGCGUUCGUGGUGGACGCCCCCCCACAGCCCGUCUACGAGCGCGUCGUGUAUGUUCCCACUCAAGUAGAUGUGCCUCCCGCGAAGCAGUACGUCCCCGUGCCUCCUCCUCAGCAGGUGAUUGCAGUGCCGACGACUGCCCGCCCGAUCCUUGUUCCUCUGGAGUCUGAAAUUGUCUGCCGGGGUCACCCCUCAGAUCGCACAGAGCUGUGUUUCGGCUGCACGAUUCCUCCGCGCCAGGUCAAGUUCGAUAUAAUUCGAGAAGAAACCUCGGGAUGCUUCGGUCUGUGCCGUGGCCAGCGCUUCAAGGCCGUCUGCAGAAAAUGCCGGGCGGUGAUGCCCACGUGUGCGCAGAUAGAGCGCGAGAUAGAACGAGCUGCGCCGACAGCAGGGAUCUUGUGUGCCGCGGACGCGCCAGCGUCCGCCUUCGGAGGAGCUGUCUGA